GCAGAGGACGAGGAGGCGUCUUAUUUUCCUGCCGUCUCCUGGUUUUGCUGCCUCUUAUUUUCCUGCCGUCUCCUGGUUUGGCUGCCUCUUAUUUUCCUGCCGUCUCCUGGUUUGGCUGCCUCUUAUUUUCCUGCCGUCUCCUGGUUUGGCUGCCUCUUAUUUUCCUGCCGUCUCCUGGUUUGGCUGCCUCUUAUUUUCCUGCCGUCUCCUGGUUUUGCUGCCUCUUAUUUUCCUGCCGUCUCCUGGUUUGGCUGCCUCUUAUUUUCCUGCCGUCUCCUGGUUUGGCUGCCUCUUAUUUUCCUGCCGUCUCCUGGUUUGGCUGCCUCUUAUUUUCCUGCCGUCUCCUGGUUUGGCUGCCUCUUAUUUUCCUGCCGUCUCCUGGUUUGGCUGCCUCUUAUUUUCCUGCCGUCUCCUGGUUUGGCUGCCUCUUAUUUUCCUGCCGUCUCCUGGUUUGGCUGCCUCUUAUUUUCCUGCCGUCUCCUGGUUUUGCUGCCUCAGGUGAGAAACGAUGAAUACAAUUCAGCAGCUGAAAGAAGAACUGGAAAAAUGGAAGGAACAAUGUGAGGAGGCGGAAAAACGCAAAUCAAAUACACUUUUAGAUAAACUGGAAGCAGACGACCAACAAAAAGAAAAACAACAAAUACUGGAUCAGCUGCUGCAAAAGUCAACUGAAAUUCAGGAUACUCUGUCUGAAAAGCAGACUCUUUACCAAAGCGAGAUUCAAGAUCUAAAAAAUAAAAAUGAGGAAUUAAGAAAAAAUGUUGAGAAACUUGACUAUAAGAUGACGGAGUGCAGGAAAACAUUUGAUAAGGCAAGAAAUGAUUUACAGGUGGACAACAAAUUGCCACAAAAGAAUAUAAACUUUACAGAGAAAGCGUCCGGUCCGGGAAACCUUUCCAGUAUUUCUUACACCUGUCAGAUCUUGAUACAUCACCCAUACAUCUUACAGGAACGACAAGCUCUUCUAACCUUUGAAAAAGAAGAAGUGGCCCAAGGUAUUAUCAGGAAUGGAAGACAUAAUGUUGACUUGAACAAUGUAUAUGAAGAAGUCAGAGCAUGUAAAGUGCAACCUGGAAGAGUCAUGACAUUUGAGGUCAACAUGACCAUCUCUAACACAAAAGUGAAUGUUGGUAAUCUCCCUAUGAACCUCCCUGAGGAGACCCUGAAGGAUAAACUGGAGCUCACCUUCUACAAAUCUAACAAAGGAGGUAGCGAAAUAACGGCGGUGGACUCCGACAGGAGCAAGAAUACUGCCUGCAUUACUUACAAGGAGAACGGAGUGGCUCAGCGUGUCUUGAAGACCCCUCAGCAUCUGGUAAAAGUCCAUGGGUCCAUGUAUGAAAUUAUGAUAUCACCAUUAAUAGAAAUACAGCUGAAAAAACUACAGAUAUUUUCUGGUAUUUGCCAAAGAACAGUGCUGCUGGAGGAGAUUAGGAAUCAGGCCGAGACUGAAGAGGACAUUAAGGAUCUUGUAGAGAUCCAUUUUCAGAAACCAAGUAAUGGCGGCGGCGAAGUGGAAAACAUAGCAUUUUCCCCGAAGAAGCAAUUUGUAUACUUUGAGGAAGAUAAGGCUUAAAAUUGGAAGCAGCAAGACAAGAGUUAAGGGUUAAAGGAAAACGCUACGGAAAAACUGAGGCAGCGUGUUAUACUUAGUGCUGGGCCUGAGCAUGACAGGCAUUCAAGAACACUUUAGGUCCAUUCACACGCCCACAACUGUUUUGCGGUCCACAAAUUGUGUAUCCGCAAAACACGUACAUCGGCCAUGUGCGUUCUGCAUUUUGCGGACCGCACAUGGCCGCCACUAUGAUAGAAAUGU